AUGACUUCUGCGAAUUUUGCUGCAGCUCAAGCUCGCGUCCUGGAACGCCGACAACAGCGCGACGCUGAAGCCCGGAAUAAUAGCGUCGAUCCACGCACCCGACUUCCUCCAGCCAUUAGGAAUCUUCCAUAUCCGUUGCAUAGAGCGACUAAUAGUGGAUUCGCGUUAUGGGAUACCAUCAAGGGCAGGGAAGGAACGCGGCCAGCAUUCAGAGUGGGCCAGGUUGACGCAGAGUUGUUGGAUGAGGAGCUACUGGGGCUGCUGAAGGGCCAAGUUGGAGAAGGGCUGAAAUACUUUGGGCGUCACAUGCGGGAAGAUUGGUCCCACGAAAUCGAGCUCGCCCUCCGCGCAAUCUUAUUCAAGUUAUCGAUAUGGGAUCAUAACGCUUCGUAUGGUGCCGCGCUCCAGAACCUGAAAUACACCGAUAGCCGAAGUAAAGGACCAGUGUAUAAACCGCCAACAAAGUGGCAGAAAGUACUCUACGGACUGUUAACUGUAGGAGGUCGUUAUGCUUGGGACAAAUGGGAUGCUUGGAUGAUAGAUCAAGAAGGAGGUUACGAUGAGCCAUCUCCCACCGUCAAAUCACUCGCGAAACUUUCAAACGCCGCUUCGACCGUUCAUUCAAUGGCAGCAUUGGUAUCCUUUCUUGUUUUUCUUAUCAAUGGACGAUACCGAACAUUGGUUGACCGUCUUUUGAGAAUGCGGUUAACUCCACCAUCGAUGCAAGUUAGCCGCGAGGUAUCAUUUGAAUACCUUAAUCGUCAACUUGUUUGGCAUGCCUUCACUGAGUUCCUUCUAUUUCUAUUACCUCUUGUUGGUAUUGGCCGCUGGCGGCGUUGGCUUUCGAGGGCAUGGAAAAAGACAGUCUCUUCCCUUCGUGUAAAGGACGAAGGGGACGAGGAUGCCAAAAACCAGGGACCACUAGGCUUUUUACCGGAAAGAACAUGCGCGAUCUGUUAUCAAGAGCAGAAUCCUACGGCAUCGUCGGAAUCUGACGUAAUGGCUGUGGGCGGCGCAUCUGGUGGUAUAAUCGGGUCGGCCCAAACAGAUAUCACAAACCCUUACGAAGCAAUACCAUGUGGGUGCAUAUAUUGUUUUGCUUGUAUUGCGCAAAAGCUCGAAGCCGAAGAAGGGGAAGGUUGGAUGUGUCUCCGCUGUGGAGAGAUUGUCAAGCAAUGCAAGCCUUGGAAUGGUGAUGUCCUUGAAGAAACCCGACCACAUUCAAGUAGCGGGAAGAAUGUCGGGUUUGUGACGGCCCAAAAAACAGACCCCAAUGCUCAGCACACAGAUGAGUCUACGGCCGAAAGUAGUAAUAUGUGGGCGACGAUCGAAAGAGACGAAACGGACGACACGAGUGUCGGUGGUGAAACAGAUCAUGAAAGCAAAUUCUCAUAA